AUGGCACCAUCAGAAGGUAAAUUAGAAGAAUUAGACGAAAAAACUAUGGAUGCAAUUGUAAAAUAUGUCUCAAAUAUUCGUAAUGGAAAAAUACAAGGUUCUGAAAAGAUUGCUCUUGCUACAGUGGACCUACUUGAGCAGAUCAUCAGUGAAUCAGAGAGUGCCAAUGUAUUGUCGCUGUGCAACACAGUGCGGGCAGCCGGCCGGCACAUUACCCAGGCACUGCCCACAGAGCUGGUCGCGGCGAACAUGGUGAGGCGAGUGUUGCGCGCCAUACGAGACGAGCAACGGACCCACGCUAACCAGAGCGCGGAGGGCGCGGGCGAGUCCCUGCAGCGGCUGGUGCUGGCCGCGCCCAGCCGCCGCGCCACGCUCGGGCCCGCCGCGCGCGACCUGCGCGAACCCAUACGCGACCACAUUUCCGAGAUCCGCGGCGAGGUGGAGUCGAGCAGCGCGGGCAUCUGCGCGCAGGCGGCGCGGCACGUGGCGGCGGGCGGGCUGGUGCUGGCGGCGGCGGGCGGCGCGCUGCUGGAGCGCUUCCUGCGCGCCGCCGGCCGCCGCCACCGCCUGCUGCUGGCCGAGGGGCCCGACGUCGCGGAGAGCCACGCGAUGGCGGCGCGGCUGGCGGGCGCCGGCGUGUCGGUGACGCUGGUGGGGCUCGCCGCCGUGCCCGCGCUCAUGCCGCGCGUCAACAAGGUGAUAAUAGGUGCGGUGGCGGCGCUGGCGGGCGGCGCGGCGCUGGCGCGCGCCGGCGCGCUGCUGGUCACCACCGCCGCUGCACAUUGCGCCGUCGAGGUGCUGGUGCUGGCGCCGCUGCACGCGCUGUCGCCGCUGCACGCCUGCGACCGCCUGCGCCUCGCCGCGCGCGCGCCCGCCGCCGACGCGCUGCCCUACAUGAGCGCGGAGAGCGCGGCGGUGCGCGUGGAGGCGCCGAUGUACGACCUGCUGCCGCCCGACCACAUCACGCUCUUCAUCACCAACCUCGGCGGCAGCUCCCCGUCGUACACCUACCGGCUGCUCUCGGAGCUAUACGACCCCAACGACUAUCAGCUG